UUGUAUCAUUCAAUCCUUAACCGUCUGAGCAGCUACACGGCAGCAGCAGUGAGCCAAGACCGAAAAACACAAAAAAUACAGUUUUCCAUUCAAGAGAAAGUGCGUUCGCCGCCGAACUACGUGACAGUGUAGUGUGGAUCCGAAAAGGACUAUCCAAAAGAACCCCAAUCGAAAACCGUGCAAGAACAAACAAAAAAACAACAAACCGCAAAAUGGCAAGCCAUAAAGUUACUUUCGGUGUCUUGUGUCUGGUCGCCCUGAGCGCCGCCCUUCCCGCCGAGGAGACGCGCGGCCACGCCCGCAACGCCAUCGGCGGCGAGAACGACAUUAUGGAUAGCAUCUACAGCGACUGUCUGCGCAAGGACUCCGUCUCGUGCGUCAAGUACAAGCUGUUCAACUUCGUGGACAAGGUGCUGGGCGCCCGCGACCAGUUCGCCCUGACCGAGGGCGUGACCGUGGUCCGCUCGCCGGACGCCCCGCAGCAGGAGGCCGCCCGCUCCAUCUCCGGCGACGAGUCGUUCGAGUCCCUGGCCCUGAACCGUAUCAGCAGCUUCCUCAACUCGCACACCAUCAAGGUGGAGCUGAAGGGCGCCGACAUCGUGCAGGCCGUCAGCUCGACGGGCCGUGCCCUGGAGGACGCCUCCGAGUCCCUGUUCGGCUCCAACGACCCCAACGCCCCCGAGGAGAGCCGUGGCAAGAAGAAGAAGGCCGCCAAGAUCCUGGGACCCAUCCUCGCCCUGGUCGCCCUGAAGGCCGCCGCCCUGCUGCCCCUGCUGUUGGGCGCCAUCGCCCUGAUCGCCGGCAAGGCCCUGCUCAUUGGUAAGAUCGCCCUGGUGCUGUCCGCCGUGAUCGGCCUGAAGAAGCUGCUGUCGCAGGAGAAGCACGUGACCUACGAGGUGGUGGCCCACCCGCACCACAGCAGCAGCCACUCGACGAGCCACGACUCGUACGGCAGCGGCUACAGCGCCGACGCCGGAGCCUCCUCGGCCUCCUACGGCAGCAGUGGCCACGGCGGCUGGGGCCGUUCCAUCGACGCCCAGGACCUGGCCUACGGAGCCCAGAAGCCCGUCCAGGCCUAAGUCACAGGACCACCAUCACACUCAAGAAGAAGAAUCAGAAUCAGAAUCAGAAUCGCGAACACACACGACUUGAGCUGAAGAGCUCGCCCGAGACUCUCGAAGAGGAACACACAUUAUUUAUCGUUCGUUUUAAUUAAUUUAUUAAUUUAAUUUAUUUUAUUUAUUUCUCCAAGCAAUGAAAACGAAAAAGAAUGAAUCACACACACACGCAACAUAAUGUUAAACCGGACAGAAACCAUAAUCAGAACCAUAUAUGUUAGUUGUUAAAACUGAUGAAGCUAAAGUUAAGUUUGUAAAAAGAGCGGCCAGCGAGAGUUACCCCACAAGUUGCAAAUACUCAGCCUUAAGUCUAAGCUCGCACAGCACUUCCCCGAACCAUCAGCCACUCGAUCACCCCAACUGCAUCUAUAUCUAAAGCACUCUCAUCUCUCUGCCUCUAUAUCUAAUCUGCAUAUACAUCUGUUCAAUCCAUCUCUCUGAAUCUGUGCUUUCAUCUCUAAAACCGUAUACUGCCUAUACCAAAACUCUGUCGAUUGCCAUGCAAUCGGAGCAACGUACAAAUCUAAACUCUACCAUCUAUAUCUGUACUCUGUACUCUGUACUCUUUACUCUGCCUGUUCAACUAUGUUCUUCACAUGCAAUUCUAGUCUUACAAUACAACAACACCAGCAACAAGCAUGCCUACUAUUAGCUUUAACUCCACUAGCUCUAACUCUACUCUAUCCUAUAUCUUCACCUGUCAAUCUAUGUCUUCUAUCCUUCAUUUCUCGCCUACAACUGAGUCAUAGUUUUGGUCAUUCGCAUGCCAUCACUUGCCAUAGGUCUCCGAACACACAUACGCCACACCAAACUGAACUCAUUUUCCGGCUACCUUCGAGCCACUAUUUCCUCACUCGACACUCGACUUCCACUUCGACUCUUCAACUUUCUCAUUUCUCCUAUCUGCCAUCUCUUUCCGCCGUCUCUGCAUCUGUCACUUUCUAGCGCUCUACUUUCCCAAAAAAAAAGCCCCACUACUCACACAUGCACACGCCUAGCUCCCUAACAUUAGUUAAAAAUAUUUUUUUUCAAUAUUUUAACUCCUUAAGCGUACUUUAUGCAUCCGCGCGACUCGAACCGCUUGUCGGCCCGAUUGGUGCCAAGCUCUCCUGCUCUGUGGACCUAAACAGAUUUUUAAUUAUCAACUUAAAAAUACCUUGUUUGUGACAUUUGGAGGGCUCUCUAGCCAGCGGGCGCAAGUUUCGAGUCGCCAGCACGUCGUCUACUUUAAUUUAAAUAUUUUAAGCAAAGUCGUACGGCGCUUUCACAACUAUAACUCCGGCAACAGUAGUAAGAUGAUGAUGAUGACGAAGAAGAAGCGUGAAGCUGCAGAUGUGGGCAACUCACAAGACACAGAUCACAAAACUCACUCACAAAAGAAUGUAAAUUCCAUAGAUUACAAUACCCCUCUCUCUGUCACACAUGCAUGUCAUUAAAGAAAAAAUGAUGAAAAACAAUACACAAAAAAAGUUGAAAAAACACAAAACACAACAGCAAGGAAGAUUAAUAAAUAAAAAAUCAAUGAAAAAUCAAGACAAGUCUCUAUAAUUUAUGGCAUACCAUGGGGUGAAAGCGAAACGACAAAACCGAAAGCUCUAUGCAUAAUUCCAAAACGAAGACGAAAACUGGCCGUUGACAAGUCCAUCUUGGGUCGAAAUGCUUUCAUUUCAUUUCAUUUCAAGUGAAAUUGAUUUGCGACCCAGUUGCCCCAGCGAAUUUCAAAGAUUUGCCCGUUAAUAGGUGUAAAUAAUUAUGACUCGGGUCUGGCCAAGACAGGUUAACGAAAUCCCAAUAAACCCCGCUGGCAACGGCAACAUGAGCCACCGACAGUGAAAGUAAACAGUUAGGAAACCGAAACAGCAGCUAAGGCCACGAGCCCCGAACAACCGCGAUUGCAGUGAAAAGUCUUAGAAAUUGUGGCACAUGGCCAAGACCAAAAAGCGUUUUCCAAGCCGCUCUAAAUGUGGCCGCGGCCGUUGCCGUUGCCGCUGCCGCUGCCCAACGAAUGGCCGGGCGAAAACAAAAGACAGGUUAAUGCGCAUUAAUGUUAACAACUCAUUUGAGCAGCUGCCAAGCUUGAGCAAACAUUGACUGACCACUGUCAGUCUUCUUGUGGCGGACGCCGCUCACUUAAUCAAAAGGAAAUUACGAAAAUUUUAGGCUACGCUCGGUUGGAAAUUAUCUCAAAGAGACCGCUUGGUGCCACCAAAUGUCAGCCGAGAUUUAGAAAAUACCCAUUUAGGAGAUUUACAUGGGAUUAUGCUUGCUUUUUAGCUUUGGGGUGUUUUCAUUUUAAUAUUCGGAUGGAGAGUGGCCCUCGCCAGAGAAAUUGUUAAUGGCUAUGUAAAAGGGGUAUUCAUUUAAUUGUCAAAACUUUACUUUAAAAUAUCAGAAUACCUUGAUCAUUCAUUAUGUUUAAUGUUUAAUAAAAACAUUUUGUAACCAAUAUUUCUUCAAGGAUUCUGGUUUUAAAAAUACUCGGUCAUUUAAAUUACUAUUAAAAUAAAAUACCCACUAAACAAUA